AUGCGUACCCUCCACACACUGUUCGAAAGCAUGAGAUCUAUCGAGACUACACCACAGGACGAAAAAGUGCACAGAACUACGGCAACUAUGAUGCUGAUGCUGUCUCUCCUAGAGAACCUUAUCAGUGAUGAUCUACUCCCUGGGGAAAAACUUGAAGUUCUCAGUUUCAUUCAAGAGCAACUUCAGCUACUCAUGCAAGAGAAGAGGGCAUUUGGGUACUCAGCAGAGCUUCUAGAUUUUGCAAGUCUUGUGUAUACGAUUUCCCCACACGCAUACGCGUUCAUCAGGCGUUCUGGAAACGCAAUUCUUCCGCAUCCGUCCACGAUAAUGCGUGAGUGCCGUUCGCUCGACGUCAGCCCAGCAAAUGAACAAAACGAUGAUGGGUUCCCGAGCUACAAAAAACGACGGGUGAGGUUAAUGAAACCGCAUGAGCGUAGGGUGACCCUCAUGAUUGACGAAGUACACAUCCAACAAUCUUUUGAAUACAAUGGAGGGGAAUUAACUGGCACCGCCUCAAAUUCCACAGAAGCCGCAAAAACCGCCCAUGUAUUCAUGACGCAGUCCCUUCUGUCGCCUCACAAAAACGUCGCUCACAUACUUCUAGUCGCAAGAAUUGAUGCUGAACAGCUCCGCAAAAUUUUGAAAAAAGUCAUCAUGAAGCUUGAGGAAGCUGGACUCACUGUUGUAGCAGUCAUAAGUGAUUACAAUGCUAUUAACAGGAAAGUGAUGAGUCUUUUUUCGUCCAAGGGAAAGCUUGACAUCUGCUACGCACACCCAGUUGACUCCAGGCGACCCUUGUUUUUUGUUGCAGAUCCGGUUCACUUGUUGAAGUGUGUGCGCAAUAAUUGGUUAAACCAAAGAAACCUAGAGAAGUGCAUGUUCUACCCAGCAAUAAACCCUGCCAGCACUACCAAAGUUAACGGUGCAUCGUUAACUGCACUGAAGAGGUAA